AUGCAAUGGUUUAGAAGCAGUUCCUACAGUCCCAGUGAGUCCUCUAUAUGUGAGGACUAUUCCGGCAAAGCAGCCGACAAUGACAUAACGCCCCGAACUUACGGCUUGUUUAGACACCACACCGUUCCCGACGAACACUCACCGGGUGGAGGUGACGUGACCUGGGUGAUCGACGAUUUUAACGCCGAUAAGAAUGCUUCAUAUCUACCGCAGACAACGAUCGGACCAUUCAUAUCAGUUCGCACCGGACAACAGGUGGAAGUGAUUGAAUAUAAUCUCCAAUCUUUGCCCGAAUACUGUUUGGUUCGAGUGAUUGGCACUCAGGACUCAAACAACUCGAUUGCGAGCGAAGGUGUUGUUCCUCUUUAUUGUCUUCGAUUCCCUUCCCGAUCGGCCGCCUUCUCCUCAAAGUCCGCUUCAAUGGAAACCGACGACGUGACGACCGUUUGCAAUGAAUCGAGUCCUUCGUUUAGUAUUGAGAGCAGCAGUUCCACCAAAAGAAAGGGUACAUUCAAGAAAUGGCUCACAAAUCCUGUUAGAAAAUUAAGUUCUGGAAAACUGGACAAAACAUCAAACAGUAGUAAUGAAUCUCCAAAGUCUGGGGGAAAGAAGUCAUCACUUUCUGUCACUUCUUGGAAGGCAAACAAUAGUAAAGACGAAUCCAAUAAAGUGUUGACGAAAUCUGCAGAUUCUAUCGGUUUAAACAAAUCAAGUUCUGUGUCUCUGCCGACCACUCCAUCACUGGUCGCACAGACAUCUAAAUCACUGGAUCUCAACGGAUGUGUAGUGAAUGUUACAGAAGAAGAUGGAGACGUGACUGACGUAGAGUUGCCGCCGCCCAUGAAAAUACAAGAACAUACAUAUCCUGCCGUCUCUUCUCUAUCAGCUAAUCCGGCGAACGUUGAUAUCACACAAAAUAUUGAAAGCAUGAUAUCGUCGGUAGAUUUGGGAACUUCUGAUUUAGAGUUCAUCGUCAAUAUACAAACGGAAACGAGUGAAGAGCUAUCAACAAAUGGUAUAAAUAAUGAAUUGAGUGAACGGAAGGAUCCAAACGAUGGCACUAAUGACGAGAUGAACGAAGAAACUGAUAAUUCAAUUACUGAAGAGUCGGAACGAGAGAAAGCAUUAAUCAAACGAAAGUUUAUAUUACAAGAACUCGUGGACACCGAAAGGGAUUAUGUGUUCAAUUUAGGUCUUGUCGUCGAUGGAUAUCUGGAACUAAUGAGGAAUGAGACCGAAAUUGCAGUCCCGGAAGACCUUAAGAAUGGAAAAGAUAAGAUAGUAUUCGGUAAUAUAGAGGCCAUAUACGAGUGGCACAGGGAUUCGUUUUUGGCUGAGAUCGACAAGUGCUUAGAAGAACCCGAGAGACUCGGACUCCUAUUUAGACGAUGCGAGCGAAGGCUUAACAUGUAUGUCGUCUACUGUCAGAAUAAACCCAAAUCAGAACACAUUGUUUCCGAACAUUUGGACACUUUCUUCGAGGAGAUUCGCCAGAAGUUGGGACAUAAGCUUCAAUUGCCUGAUCUGCUUAUAAAACCAGUUCAGAGAAUAAUGAAAUAUCAGUUGUUGUUGAGAGAUAUGCUGAAGACUACGGAAAAGGCCGGACUCAGCAAAGAGGCCGAGGAUCUGAAGAAAGCGGUGCACAUCAUGCAUGUGGUGCCCAAAGCGGCCAAUGAUAUGAUGUGCGUCGGAAGACUUCAGCACUUCGACGGUAAGAUCACUGCUCAGGGAAAGCUUCUACAGCAGGGGCUACUGUCUGUGGGCGAGUUGGGCUCCGGGAGCAGUGGCGGCGGCAGUAGUAUUAAUAAUUCAAGCAUUGGCUCAACAAAACUGAAAGAGAGACAAGUCUUCCUUUUUGAACAAAUCAUUAUAUUCAGUGAAACGGUUGGACAAAAGGGACCUUUCUCCAAUCCCGUGUAUUUAUAUAAAGCACAUCUAAUGGUCAACAAAAUGUGUCUCAUCGACAAAGUGGAUGAUUCGGACCCAACAAAGUUCUUACUCAAGUCCAAGGAUCCAAAUAUGUCUGAAAUUGCAUUCCUAUGUCAGGGCUCUAACAAAGAGGUGACAGACGUUUGGGUGACAAACAUUAGAGCCAUUCUCGACACUCAACUCGACUUUCUUAGAGCUCUUCAGUCACCCAUCGCUUAUCAGAAAGAGUUAACAAAAGAAGUUUCUGCACCAGAAUUGGGAUCUCUAUGGAACCCAUCGUUGAGGAAAACACUGUCACAUCCGGCGGCAGUACAUCGCGAGAAGAAUCUGAAAUCGACGACAAAAGAGCAGCCGUUGGGCUCAACAGUGACUUCUAAAUCGAUGCGUCAGUCCAACAAAACCAAGAAUAAGACGUUCUUAGCGGUGAAUAAUGAGUGCGAGAGUGUUGUCAUCGAAACCAGCUGUGAAAGUGACUCGACCACCACCACUACCACCACUUACCACUCAUCUCCCGACCCCUCAAAUCGCAAGUAUUCGUGUCCGUCGUCUGAUAAGCCGCCGACUCAUUCACAUAAACAGCAGUCGAGUAGUCCAUCGAAGUCUAAGCGAACCUUUUUGGAGGGCUUUAAGAAUCCGUUGCGACAGAAGAAGACCGACACGAGUAUAGUCGUGAGCAGUGAGUCGACCGUCACAUCUAAUCUACUCUCUAGUCAUAGUCUCGACUCUUCAACCGGUGCUCAAACCAGAAGCAAAUUGGAAGCGCAGACCAAAGACAGUUCAGUGAUCAGGAGGUGGUCUGAAUCGGCCACUCCUCUCAUCAACACUACUCCACAAACCAUUAGUAAUACAAAUAGUUUGCAAUCGAAUAACAAAACCGAUAAUAAUAUUACCGGUAAUAUUACCGGUAAUACCACUAAUAAUAACGACAAUAAUAUUAAUAGUUCUCAUGUAUCGACACAUUCAAAACAAUAGUUAUUUUCACUUUCACUCCAUAUAUUGCUAUUAUUUAUAGUUAUUUCGUAUUUUGAAUGAUCUCUACAACGGACUCAUUAUAUUGUUCUCCAAAUCAUAAUAACUUUUCUCUAAAAAAUGGUUUAUAUUUUUAUUAUUUAGAAACCAAUGACAGAUUGUUUGGUAUUUCAAAAUAAUGUCUUUUCGAUGAAAUAUCAAACAAAUGAAGAGCCAUUGA